GCCUUUUCGAGAUUUUUACAUUUCCACGGCGGAAGAUGGCCGACCGAUUCGAGAUCCUCGAGGAGACGUCCCAUACGCCCGAGAAAACAACUCCGGAACGAAAGCCAACGCACGACAAUGAAGAUCAUGAGUUGAAUGAGCUAGUCGAGGAAUUGAGUGUUGAGACGAAGGAUGUGAAGAAGGCGUCCGAAGCGAAAGAGGCUGGGAACGAGCUGUUCAAGGCCGGUCGGUAUCUAGACGCAUUUGACUUGUACACGAAGGCGCUUCGUCUUUGCCCGUCAGAGGAUGAGUAUGCGUACAACAAGGCGGUGUACUUUAGCAACCGAGCGGCAUGCCUUCUCCACUUGGGCCGACCCGAGGAAUCCAUUGAGGAUUGUACGAUGGCUAUCACGCACUCUCCGAAAUACGUCAAGGCAUUGAUGCGUCGCUCGCAAGCUUACGAGAAGAUGGACAAGAUGGACGAAGCUCUCCAAGAUGUCAAAACGGUGCUCGAGAUCGACCCGACUGUACCAUCGGCAAUCGAUGCCGAGAAGCGGUUGUCGGCAGUCGUGGCCGAGCGCCAGGAAAAGAUGAAGGCGGAGAUGCUGGACAAACUCAAGGGCUUUGGGAAUACGAUUCUCGGCAAGUUUGGGCUGAGCACGGACAAUUUUCAGAUGGUCCAAGACCCCGCGACCGGAUCGUACAACAUUAACUUCACGCAAAACCCAGCGAAACCUUAAAGGAGCGUGUUGUAGUACCGGUCUCCGUAGUCGCCGAGGCCGGGCACGAUGUACUUGUACUCGUUCAGGUCCGGGUCGAGCGCGCUCGUGAUGACUUUAAUGUGCGGGAACUCUUCAAAGACGGCGUGGAUGCCGUGGGGGCAUGCCACGACGUUGGCAAAUACAAUAUUUUGCUCUUCCA